AUGCCGGGCAUCCACCGCUACACCGCCGUGCUGGUGCUGCUCACCAUCAGCACCCGCCUCCUGCAGCUGACCGCGGCGUGGCCGGCAUUGCCCGACCCAGCGUCGCUCGAGCCGUCGCUGCUUUUCCCGUCCGCGGGUGCCACCACCUCGCCAACGCAGCCCCAGUCAGCCGGGGGCGCCUCCACAAUCCCGGCCUUCCCGGAGCAGUCAGAGGCCGCUGCGGCCGCUGCCACCUCCGUCUGCCAGCUCACCCCGUCGCCUCCGCUCCUUCCCGCUGUCCUAGCAUCCUGCAACGCCAAUGCCGGCGGGAGCAAGGGGGCGCUCCCGCCGCGGCUAAGAUGCUGCCCGGCGCUCGCCGCGUGGCUGUACGCUGCGUACGCGCCCACCGCGCUCUCGGGCCGCGGUAUCGGAGAAGCGUCAGUGGCCGCGUCGGCGGAGGCCGCCGCCGUGGUGGACAUGCCAGUGCUGCCAGACGACGCGGAGGAGUGCGCGGGCGCGACGGACCGUGCGCUGCGGGCGGCCGGGGCGGCGCUCCCGCGGCCGCAUGGGGGCCGGAGCACCAGCACUGGCAACGGGACGGCGGCGUGCGACGUGGCGUUCUGCUACUGCGGGGUGAGGCUGCGGCGGCCUGCGUGCGCGGCGCCGCAGGGCAGGAUGGCGAGGAGAUUGGAGAGGGACUGCGCGCUUCCGGGGCUCGCCGGCUGCUCCAGGUGCCUCCGGGCGCUCAACAAGCUGGGUGGGAGGAGCAACGCCACGUCGUCGGCGUCGGCGAAGGCCAAGCAGGAGCAGCGCGAGGACUGCCACCUCAUGGGCCUGACGUGGCUGCUGAAUCGGAACGCCACGCGCCACCGCGAGGCGGCCACGGCGGUCAUCCAGGCGCUCAUGGCGGCCGACGAGGCCGGCGCGGGCCACCCGCCCACCUGCUCGCUCCCCGCCGACGAUGAGCUGCCUGUGGCCGUCGGCUCCUCGCAGAUUAACGACGCCACGUCCGCAUCGAUAUCUUCCGCCGUUGGCAGCCUGCUUCUGGUGUUGCUUGGUGCUGCCGUCGUCUUCUUGUCCUGCUGCUUCUAA